CUUUGUUUUUGUCUUUACUGCUGUGUGAUAGUUACGAAUUUUCAAUUUUUGUAAAGAAAAGGUGAAAAAUACUACUAAUUCAGUGAAGCAUGGCACUAGUUCGUAUAUCAGCACAAUAAUUAACUGCAAAAUUGCAAAACCUCAUUGAUGGCCGGUGAUAAAAAACGUCGUUCGCGGUCUCCACGAGAUCGAGUAAUUGAUCUUGAUAGAGAUCGACCUCGAGACCGCGAUAGAUAUCGAGAACGUGAAUAUCAGAAUGAUCGGGAACGUGAUCGAGAUCGAUAUGACCGUGAGCGGGAACGAGACCGGGAUAGGGAUCGGGAUCGAGAUCGAGGAGGGAUAUCCGGUAGUAAUCGGGAUCGACCAGUAGACAACUUGUCCAAACGGCGACCGUCGGAUGAGUGGAAUCGAGAGAAAAAGAAGAAAAAGGAUGAUACUGACCGAAAGGAACCGUCAGAUGAAGUGGAAGAAGUCAAACCGGAUGUGAAAAAGGAACCGACUGUUAAUAAGAAGGAACCACUGUCACUUGAGGAGCUUUUAGCGAAAAAGAAAGCAGAGGAAAAAGCCCGAAGUAAACCAGUGUUUAUUUCAAAAGAGCAGCGUGCUGCUGAAGCAUUAAAAAGACGCCAGGAAGAGGUUGCUGCAAUGCGAGCGGCCAAUGCCAACUCCGUUGCAAAGUUCGGAGAUGUCCCAGUCACUGUUUUAUUGAACAGAGAAAAAAAAGACGUUCUAGAGAAGUAUGAUCGCAGAGAGAGGGAACGCGAACGAGAACGUGAAAAGGCUAGAGACAGGGAUAGGGACGGAAAGGAUAAGGAUCGUGGACAGGAUGAUGACAAAAGACGGUCGACUGCAGAAGAUCCAACAGUUAAAGAUAAAGAAAAGGAACAGGAAGCAAUUCGCGAACGCUAUUUAGGUAUUAUCAAAAAGAAACGACGAGUGCGGCGGUUGAACGAUAGAAAAUUUGUGUUUGAUUGGGAUGCAGCUGAAGAUACCUCGGUGGAUUAUAAUAACCUUUAUAAAGAGAGACAUCAUGUUCAAUUUUUCGGACGUGGAAACAUUGCUGGUAUCGACAUCAAAGAUCAAAAAAAGAAGCAAAGCAAAUUUUAUGGGGAUCUUUUAGAAAAACGUCGAACUGAUGCUGAAAAAGAGCAAGAGAAGGUUCGUCUAAAGAAGGUCAAAAAGAAGGAGGAAAAGCAAAAAUGGGAUGACCGCCACUGGUCGGAAAAAGACUGCGAUGAGAUGACGGAGCGAGAUUGGCGUAUUUUCCGCGAAGAUUAUAAUAUCACUAUAAAAGGUGGAAAAAUCCCGAAUCCGUUCCGAAACUGGAAGGAAUCAGGCUUUCCAAAAGAAAUUUUGGAUAUUAUCGACAAAGUUGAUUAUAAGGAGCCAACACCUAUUCAGAGACAAGCCAUUCCAAUCGGUUUGCAAAAUAGGGACAUUAUUGGUAUUGCGGAGACCGGUUCCGGUAAAACUUUGGCGUUUUUGAUUCCGCUGUUAACUUGGAUUCAAUCUCUACCUAAAAUCGACCGACUAGAAACAGCUGAUCAAGGACCCUAUGCAAUUAUUUUAGCACCAACGCGCGAGUUGGCUCAGCAGAUUGAAGAAGAGACGCAGAAGUUUGGUCAGCCGCUUGGCAUAAGAACCGUUGUCGUGGUCGGUGGUUUGUCUCGAGAAGAGCAAGGCUUUCGACUUCGCUUAGGUUGCGAAAUUGUUAUUGCUACUCCUGGUCGAUUGAUUGAUGUUUUGGAAAAUCGCUAUCUAGUGCUCAACCAGUGUACGUACAUUGUAUUAGACGAAGCAGAUCGUAUGAUUGACAUGGGUUUCGAGCCGGACGUACAAAAAAUUCUUGAAUACAUGCCGGUCACAAACUUAAAACCAGACACCGAAGAAGCCGAAGAUGCGUCUAAGUUAAUGGCUAAUUUUAAUACAAAAAAGAAGUACCGACAAACGGUCAUGUUUACUGCUACUAUGCCACCAGCUGUAGAACGGUUAGCUAGGACAUACUUGCGUAGACCAGCUACGGUAUACAUCGGUUCCGUUGGUCGACCUACAGAAAGAACAGAGCAGAUAGUUCAUAUCAUGACCGAGAACGAGAAGCGCAAAAAGCUGAUGGAAAUUCUUUCUCGGGGUGUCGAACCUCCUUGCAUCAUUUUUGUCAACCAGAAAAAAGGAGCCGAUGUUCUGGCUAAAGGUCUGGAGAAACUCGGUUACAAUGCGUGUACAUUGCACGGUGGUAAAGGUCAAGAACAACGAGAGUAUGCUUUGGCCUCUCUCAAGAACGGUUCCAAAGACAUUUUGGUUGCAACAGAUGUUGCUGGGCGAGGUAUUGAUAUUAAAGAUGUCUCACUGGUCAUUAAUUACGAUAUGGCUAAGACGAUUGAAGACUACACCCAUCGUAUUGGUCGUACAGGUCGUGCCGGAAAAACUGGCUGUGCUAUUUCUUUCUGUACAAAGGACGAUAGCCAUUUAUUCUACGAUUUGAAACAAAUUAUCAUGGCCAGCCCGGUGUCCGUGUGUCCUCCAGAACUGAUGAACCACGCCGAUGCACAGCACAAGCCUGGCACUGUUGUCACCAAGAAACGGAGAGAAGAAAAAAUAUUCGCCUAAUUGUUUGGCACAAUUUCUUGAUGAAUUUCGAAACAUGCUUAUAAAAUAUGUA